AUGUCUUCUUCGGGAUCUGAUGAUAGUAGGAGGUCGAGGAUACGACCCAGCAGGCGCAAAGUCAAUAACAAUGAUUUCGAGCGUGUCCGCAUAGGAACGCCGCCACCGAGGCCGAAACCGAAGAAGCCUCCGCAGGCGGUAAUAGACGACUACUGGUCCAGCUUCGACUCCAAGCAUCCGGGCAAGAUAUCUACAGUGCUACCGAACAACUACCAUGCCAAAAAGCUCGCCCAGCGUCCAGAUGCCGACGAAGGAAGCCAUAACGCCGUCGCUAGCUACGAAGAAGCGGCGCAGAUCUGUCGACAGAAAGUCGACAAGAUCGUUGGCGAGUGUAGGCGUGUGAAUCAGAAGUACCGUGAUCCGCAUUUCGACAUCGAGCAUGAUUUCUUCGUCAAUGGCUAUCAGGAAUGUCUCCGUGGCCUCAUGGAGAAGAAGAAUGAUCCCAAGCUUUCGCCGAAGAGCGUCAAACGAGUCGGUGCGAUCUUCGAGAAGCCAAAAUUCUUCAUCAAAGGUGCCACGGCAAACGAUGUCCGACAAGGCCGCAAUGGCGAUUGCUGGCUCAUGUCCGCUCUGGGAACCAUAACCAACUCCCCCGGCCUGAUCGAGAAGAUCUGCGUGGCUCGUGAUGAGGUAGUCGGGGUCUAUGGGUUCGUGUUCUGCAGAGACGGGGCAUGGAUUUCGGAGGUGGUGGAUGAUAAGUUGUACUUGAUGAACGAGGAUUUCCAUGAUCGCAAGGACAGGGAUGAUCCCGACGGCGGGAUGAAGCAUUGGAGUCAGGUGCAGGAGAGGCGGGACGUGGAAAGGGAGUAUAGGAGGAGGUGGCAGACGGGGAGCAAGGCGCUUUAUUUUGCCCAGUGUAGUGAUGCUAAUGAGACUUGGUUGCCGCUGUUGGAGAAGUGUUUCGCUAAAGCCCAUGGGGAUUAUCUCGCGGUCGAAGGAGGCUUCGUGGGCGAGGCGAUUGAGGAUCUUACUGGUGGCGUUACCAGCGAGCUGCAUGGUACGGAUAUUUUGGACCGUGAUGCUUUCUGGACGAAUGAGUUGCUUCAGGUCAACAAGCAGUUCCUCUUUGGCUGUGGUCAGAGCCGUGGCUUCGACGAGGACAGAUCUGGUAUUCAGCAUAGACAUGCUUACUCGAUCAUGGAAGCCAGAGAAGUUGAUGGGCUGAAGUUGGUGAAGUUGAGGAAUCCUUGGGGUAAUACUGAAUGGACUGGAGCCUGGGCGGAUGGCAGCGAAGAAUGGACUGGCGAGUGGUUAGACAAACUAAAUCACAAAUUCGGCAACGACGGUCUGUUCUGGAUUCUCUUCGAUGAUCUUUUGGAUGUGUACCAGCACUUCGACCGCACGAGGCUUUUCGAUGACAGCUGGAAAAUCACCCAACAAUGGAUUAGCUUGCAAGUUCCAUGGUCGAUAGAUUACCACGACACCAGCUUCCUCGUCACUGUGUCACAACCAGGCGACGUAGUCAUUGUUCUAAGCCAACUGGAUGACAGAUACUUUCGUGGCCUCGAAGGGACUUACAACUUCACCCUCCACUUUCGCGUGCACAAAGAAGGUGAGGCGGAUUACCUGGUCCGCAGUCCAAGCUCGUACAACAUGCGGAGAUCGAUCAGCACGGAAGUCUUUCUCGAGCCCGGAUCGUAUACAAUCAUGAUCAAGAUUGUGGCCACGCAUAACCAGUACAAGAUCUCAACAGAGGACGUUGUUAGGCUGGCCACGAAAGUGAACAGGAGGGAGAAACUUCUUGCAGUUGGAUUGAGCCGCGAUCUUGCUUAUGGAAAAGCACAGGUACGGGAGCACGACGAGAGGGUCAAGGAGCAUCACAAACACGAGAGGAGAGCGAAGCGGAAAGAGCAGGCCAAGGCUGCUAAAGCAUUUCAACAACAUCGAUGGUCGAAGGAUAAGAUUUGGAAUAGCAAGCAGCGAGAACGAUUCGAUGCGAAGAGGCGUAGCAUGUAUCCUGCUGAGCCCGCACGUAUGAGCGGAGAUCCUGCUCCUGGUCUACUGACUCUCCCUGUCAUGGAGAUUGUGCCAGCGAAAGAGGUUGCACCAGCCAUCGCAGUAGAAGACACUGGUGAACCGAACACUGCUGAUAUGGAGCAUGUUGGUGACGGUGCUCCUGCGGAUCUCCAUCAGAGAAUCGUGGGAGACUUGCCUGCCGAGGAUGCAGAGGUAGUUGCGAAGGCAGAGAACGGCCUAGAUCCUACCUCUGCAGAGACAGGCACAGACGCUGCGAACGUGGGACCCGGGAUAUCAAGCGAUGAAGCAGCCGAGCUCUCUCCUGAAGACGUAGACAGACAUCCAGCAUCACGUCGACAACGCACAAUCAAGACUGCGCAAACCUUCGCUUCUGACUCCACCAUACCGAGUCAAGAAGAGCAAGACAAUGCUGAAACUCUCAAUUCGCGGGACACCCAGACUUUCGCCUCUGACACAACCAACAAGCCUGCCAAAAAGUCCAAGAAGAAGUCAAGAUCGCCUCGCGCAAGCUUCCAGCCACCGUCACGACAGAACACGAAUCAGUCUGAUAACCCAGAUUACGACCGCUACGACGAUCCCGCCCAGUUCUCCCGCGGCCCAACCCGCCAAACCACUUUCGCCACGAUAAACACAGCAGGCGGCGCAUACAGCGCCAACGGUCCACAAGACCAAGUAGUCGAAGCCGAUCUGAGCUGGGACUCCGACCUCGACGCACCAUCGGACAGCGACGCGGAUGAAGCUAUCCGCGGAAACCCCUUCGUACCGCCCCGACCCCCUCCGCCACCGCCACCGCCUGGUAACGCGGAUCCUCUGGCCGGAUUCGAUCUUGGUGGUGACGGGAAGGCGGAGGAUUCACAGUUCGCGACUGAGCCGUGGAACGCCGUUGUGGUUGUUGGGUUGAGGGUUUAUGCUAAGGUUGAUAAUGAGGUUGGGGUUGAGGUGAGAUGGCCUGGGAGGCGGGUGAAGGGGCGAGAAGGCGAGGGUAAUGCUAAAGCUGAAGGGUUGGGGGGCGAAGAGGGUGUCGGCAGUGAGCAGAAAGAUGAGCAGGAGGUGAAACUCUCCAAGAGCGCAGAGCACGACAUCAGGUCCGAAGGCGGCGUGGUCGGCGAUGGCGAUGUUGAUGCUUCUGGAAGAUCACCCAGUCCAUGUUAG